GAGUAUUUGAAAGAAAUUUUCUUYGUAUAUGAAAGAAACAGCAAGAAUAACAAAAUCACUGGUUUAAAUUUCUGUAAUUUUAAAGAGGUCACAUUAAAAAUAGUUAAUAUAAAACAUCAAAUUUAAAUUGUAUCUUUUUUACAAAGUAAAGCGCAUUUUCUGUUCAAAUAAUAGCAGCAUAACAAAUACUCACGAACAAAAAAGUCAUGGCCAAUAAUUACUUGCAGCCAGUGAAUAAUCACUUCGACUUCAAUACAGGCGAUCUAGAAGAUGUAGAUGAUGAUAUUUUUUUGAAUAACUCCCGCUCCAAUAGCACUAUAUCGGGUCGUGAUAGUGGAAUGGAGGGUGCUGUUGGUGGUCGUAGCACCAAUCCAUUUGAUGAUCCUCAACAAAUUUAUGCAGAAAGACGUAGAGAAAUUGAGUCUCGUUCAUUGGAGUCUACACAGCGCAGUUUAGGUUUGUUAUAUGAAACGGAAGAUGUCGGCAAAGCUACAGCAGCUGAAUUGGCAAAACAACGAGAACAAUUGGAAAAUACCGCGCGACAGUUAGACGAAAUCAAUUCAACAUUGCGCUUUAGCCAACGUCACUUGAACGGCUUGAAAAGCGUAUUUGGAGGWCUUAAAAAUUAUUUAUCCGGUAAUCGCGAAGUACCUUUAACCCGUACACCGAGUACACAAAGUGGUGUCAAUCAAUUUGGGCAAAACCAGGAACCAAGAGAAACUUCUGCUAAUAUUAGCAAAUCACCACCACCUAUGUCGCCAACGGAACGUUAUGACGAUCAUCCCAUAAGUCGCAUUAGGGAUGACUCGACAGCAAUUAAGCAACGUGAACAAAUACAAGCCCAACGAAGCAAUAAUCCAUUCCAAACACAAUUAGAAUCGAAUUUGGACGAAAUGUGUGAUAAUUUGUCACGUUUAAAAUUUCUUGCCACCGAUCUAGGAAGUGAAAUCGAAUCGCAAAAUGAAUUAUUGGACAAUAUGAAUUAUAAAAUCGAAGAUGUGGACUUGAAGAUGAAUAAACAAAAUAAGGAAAUUAACAAGUUGUUGGGCAAAAAGUGAACAUAACUCUGUAAAAUGCAAAGAUUGAGAUAAUGGCGCAAAACGAAAAGUGCUGUAGCAUCCUAUGCGAAUAUUUGUACAUUUAUGUUUAACAAUUAAUAAAUUCAUGUAUUUGGGUAGACCUUAAAACUCGCGCAUAAAUAGUAGUCUGGUAGGGAUACAUUCAUGUAAAGUAUUCAAAUUUCAUUAUAAUACAUAAAUAUUUUAAAAUGAAAGUGUGUACCUUUUUCUAUUUUGCUUUCCCGUUAUUAAAUAAAAAUAUUUUGUACUUUGAAAAUGUUCUCUUACAAAUAAUUGUGAGUGAAGUGAUUUAAACUUAAAUGUUAUAUAUCGCAAAUAGUCCUUAUAAAAUAAAAUAUAUGUAUAUUUAAACAUGCAUAGGUAUAUUUAAAACAUCAUUAUAAUAAAGUUCAAGAACCUGGAUUUCGAUAGACAAAAAAUCUGAUAACCUUUUGUUGUACCCUCUAUAAUACUAAUAUGUAUGUAUGUUCACACAGGAAUUGGUGACAAAAGCACUUGACAUUGCCAAUUGUUAUCAUGCGCUUUGCAUUUUCAAGAAUGAGCAAAGGCAUAUACUUAUCAUCAUUAAGUUGAUACGUACAUACUCUACAUUGCAUUUGACUUAUACUGCCGAUGAAUUGCAACAAUGUUAAAUGACAAUCCAUUUGAACAUUACCAACCAAACGGGGAUUACAACAAAGUUAGAACAUGUGACGAUGCCAUAAAUGUACAUACAUAUACAUAUAUUGCUGCUGUGCAAUAAAUAAGUAUUUGCUACCGAUUUGCCUUUGGAAGUUUAAUAAAAUUUACCAGAACAAAAUUUGUUAUUAGGAGAUCAAUACUGCUUCUCACGCCUCUUUAAAUACGAAGGAAAAUAACCGGAUAUCAUUUGAAUUCAUAUAAAAUAACCGCUCUCAGUUGUUUAGUUGUAAUUAACACUUAAUUUUAUUAAACAUUUUAUUUAAAUGACAAAAGGAAAA